AGAGGAUGUCCUCAGACCAGCUCAGACCUCAAAGCCCGCAUGGAGAACAGCACGGACAACGAGCCGCCCCGUUACUCGGUACAUGUCGUCGGCUGCACGUCCCUUUUCCUGUUUUGAUGGGUUGAUCUGAGACAGAAAAACCCCAGCGACCGCGAAUCGAGACAAUCCAGACCGGGGAACCGGACAUGGAAUGACACCUUUCCCCCCUCCGCGAGUGGACGUAGACGUCGCGUCGCCCGCUUGUCUUUUUUUUUUUGGCACGGUUCAUACUCUGAUGUCCACCUGUCACCGUCGGCUUCUGACCUGCGGACAGCCCCACCACGGAUCGUCACACAGACCUAGCGACCACUGAGAUGGCCCGCGCAGAGACCAUCGAGAGCGUCGCGGAAACCGGAGGAGGAAACGGCCCUCAGCACCAAAUCAGCUGCCACAACACCUGCUGCAUGGAGCUGCCUCGCCCCUUCCACACCUGGCCCGGCCUGCUCACCACUACCACCAUCACCGCCGGUUCUAGGACGGGCACCGGUGCCAUACGCCUCCACCGUAACCACCACCAUCCGCACUCUCUGCAGCCUCUUCUCGUGUCGUAUCCGCCGCCCGACGAGACCCGCUCUCACCAGCAGUCACAGGCGUUAUCGCGAUCACCGGCGCCGCCUCCUUCGCUGCUCCGGAACCGGAGGGAAGGGAGGGGCGGAGGCGCGGUAACACCCAGUGCCCUCUCUGGAGAGGAGUCAGGCUCGGACCGAGAGGUGCACCUGGAGGCCUUCAGCCGGCAGGGGCCUCUGCCUGACCUGCUGCCCCGGAACGAGCACCCAUCCUGGGCGCCGCCACACCACGGAACCCCCAGGAGAGAGGCAGUGCGGGAGCUGGAGGUCAGGAGAGUGGCCAGCCAGCUGAGAACCAUUGGGGAUGAAUUUAACGCCACAGUCCUCCGCAGAGCGCACAUUGCACCCCACUGGCAGCACUGGAGAGACGCCUGCCGAGGACUCCUCACCUUCAUCACCCAGACACUCAGCACUCUCUACAGGCUCACUGGGGAUCUCAUUGUGGGACGACGCCGCUCUGGUGGUACGGACGAGGACAGCAGCGGUUUAUUGACGUGGUUCAGCAGAUGUUUACAGAUGUUAGUGGCUCUGGGGGCAGGGCAACAGGCCCCUGGCUACGCGUGACAGCGGAUGGCCAGACAUCGCUGUGGUCUCUGUAUCACAUCUGGAGAGCACCAGGGAUUAGCAGACGGGAGCUCAAAACCCGUGCUGCUCACACACACUCACACACACAUGCUCCACAAGUGUUUACAAUGGUGGUCAACAUGACAAUCUGGUACAAGACCUACAUAAAAAUACUUAGACUAGUACAUGUUGUUAUGCUUUUAAAGAGGCCUUGAAUAACCCUCACAUUGCAUAGUGGAUAGAGAGUUAUUUUAUCAUUUAGUCAUGUUUUUCAUUUCAGGGCAUCAAGGCCAAAAAACAUUAAGAGCAAAUCUGACAUGUUG